AUGGUGGCAAUGGCUGAUACAGAGGAAGUAGAUGACUAUACAGUGAUUUCUAAGCAGAAAAAUGCUCAUUCACGCGGGUUGGUCGGUAUAUGGUCAUUUCGAGCUGGAAAUGGAAUCGUUGGUCUUGUUUCUGUUGGACAUGACUCCGUAAAGCUCUGGAGAAUGGAUGAAACGGCUACUGGUGCAGUUACACUGACCAGUAAAGUUGAGAUACAAGAGUGGCGAACUGCAGUACAAUCUGCCGAUGUCACUAUUGACGGGAAAUAAACAGGUAUCUGCUUGGUGACAGUCGAUUCUAUGUUCUACGAAGUUAUUCUUGGGGAUGAGGGACCUGCUGUUGUGCCACAUGAUUUUGGAGUUAUGGAAGCAUGGCAUAUUCUUUUGUGGCAUAUCGAACAACCUACUGCUCUUCAACUCCUUCCAAGCGCACACACUGGAUCGAUUAGUAUCGACACUGCUCAGGUAACUGCUGUCGUAUUCUUACCUACCGGCCGACAUCUUGUUUCUGGUGGAGAAGAUGGUGUAGUAGCAUGUUAUCGAAUUCCUCAAGCUGGUAUGAUGUCACCAGGAAAUACCGAGCAGGAGGACGAAACCAAUAUGAGUACGUAUACUGUACUUUCAGAAGUUGGUUCUCUAUGUACCUGA